AUGGCAACGGCCGUACCAACCUUCUACACUGGGUUGAUUGUAUGCUUGAACACAAUCGCAACAGGAGGUGGAAGCAACCUCUUCCCACCAGAGCUGUUCUCCACGUUCAGUCAAGAAGAGAUCGAUGAGCGAAUCAAAGGAUCGAAGAUCGUCGUCGUUUCCGAGCAAUGUAUGCUGAACGUUAUAUGGUCCUUGAAAGCCUGUAUGCUGUUCAUGUUUGCUCGUAUGCUGACCGGAACAACGAACAUGAAGUGGAUCAAAGUGGCUGCACUAUGGGUCGUUAUCGGCUGGUUCGCUGUCCAGAUUACUUUCUUCAGUGCGUGUCGCCCAUUCGUAGGAUACUGGGCAGUGCCGCCCCCAAAUCCGCAAUGCACGACUCUUGAGCACUUUGCGAUAGUACAGGCAACUUUCAACAUAAGCAGCGAUGUCCUCAUCAUCGCUGUGCCAAUACCGAUGAUCAUGUCGCUUUCACUUCCUCUGAAACAGAAGGUCGUGCUAGGUAUAUUGUUCAGCAUGGGCAUCUUUGUUCCAAUCAAAGAUGCCUGGCCAGAGCUCGCAUGGAUACGGUAA